UAUUGACUAGAAUCAUAGUACAGCUGAGGAGUUCCACGAGUACAAAACACCAAACAGUUGUAGAAAAGUUAUAAGGCAACAGUGCAGCAGCCACAGUAACAAAUUAUUUUCAAUUACAGUUAAAUCCUUUACUUGUACAUAUAUCUCACAACAAAAAUGUUCUCCUUAUUUGGUUUGUUUAUUAUCGGCUUGGGUGCCGCCAGCGCCAUUGAAUUAGGACAUGCGCCGCUCCUGCUCAAACCAGCGCUCGUUAAGACAGUCGAAGUGGAAGCACCAGCCCACUAUGAGUUCUCCUAUUCGGUGCGUGAUGAUCACACUGGCGACAUUAAGAGCCAAACGGAGUCACGUAAAGGCGAUGUUGUACAAGGACAAUAUUCAUUAAUCGAUGCUGAUGGCUAUUUGCGUACUGUUGACUAUACAUCGGAUGCACACAACGGUUUCAAUGCGGUGGUGCGACGUGAUCCACUUGGCCAAAAGGUUGUCAAGGCUAUCGCACCUAUUGCCAAGGUGAUUACACCCAUUGCUCUUGCACCGAAAUUGCCAUUGCUCUCUUUGGGUAUACAACACUAAGACGGCAGCGAGCUUCAGACUACCAUAGACCAUGUAAAUAUAUAUGUAUGUAGAUUAAUCAGGAUCGUGUACAACCAACCAAGCAAACAAAUAAAUAUCCAAUACAAACCAUCACAAUUUCAUAAUGGACCAGUGAAAUGUGCUAAGUCAGCCAAUGCAUUGUCACACAACCAAAACA